UUUAACUAACUAACCUGACUGUUUAACCCAUUCUUUUGUCUGGUCUUGAUUUUUGGGAAAACGGAAUAACUUUGUAUUUUUAUCAAUUCUUUUACUCUUGCCACAGUUAAAAAACAUACAUUUAUUGCCUUUUGUAGCCAUGAUAAUAUUUAGGUAGGUAUACUAAUUGGUAAAUUGACGGAAAAGUUAAAAACUGUGUCGGCGCGGCUCGUGCAGAUUUGUAAAUGUUCUAAAGUUUUAAUAUUAUAAUAUUAAAUAAUGUCAUAUUAUUAUUUAUUAUUUUUGUCUACAGUAACAAUAUAGAAUAUUAGAAUUGUUGUGUAAGCGUUGACGAUUAUAGUUUGUACCUAUUUAUAUUGUUUCAUUAUUCAUUUACUCCGUAUCGCAAUUUAUUUUUAGUAUAAACCGGUCAAACGCCAGUCAUAUCCCCCCCGCACAGAAAAUUUUUCCCUUUCAAUUUGAUUUUAAUAAUAAUUAUAUUAUUAAUUGUAAUCUAUUUUUCGAUAUUACACAAAUGCGUACGCUAUCUAUUGAGACGUUGUGCUAUUAAUUUAAACGUUUCCAUAAUAUUUUCUAUACCGGUGGGCUAUCUAUAGUAUAUUAAUUAAUCUAUGGUAAUACACACUUAACUAAGCUAAGGCUAACUCAGUCGACAAAUAGUCGAAUGAUUUUUCAACAAUUUUGCACUUUUCGAGAAUAACAUUUUUUUUAAUUCGUGCGACAAACGUGUUUAUUAUAUACGACAAUUAUUUAUAGUCGAAUGAUUUCAAGAAUUGGGUUCCCGGCAACAGAAAUGUAUAGUUACCUGUAUUUUUGUUUAUUUGAUAAUAUUACAGACCGCUUAUUGGAUAAUUUAUUCUAUUUCUAUUAGUUUAAUAGUUUAAAUAUAUAGAUAGAAUUUAUUGAACUCCAAAAUAAAAGCCGUACGCUAGACAAGAAUGUUUGCAAAUACUGUAUUUAAUGCCGUGCGAAAUGGCGUACAGAAGUUCUUCUGCAAGAAAAACUUUACCACAGUACCAUCAUCGUCACCGUCUUGCCCGUUAAAACAACAUAUGGAAGUAGACGGGAAGUGCGCGUUGGUUGUUGAUGGGACCAGCGGUGUGGGACACGCAUUCGCCGAUGAGUUAUUAAAAAUGAAUGCCGCUAAAGUUAUCAUCACCGGAUUGAACGGUAUGAAGGGAGCCGAGACGGCUUGCGAAUUUAACAAAAUUUACGGCCAAGGCAGGGUGGACUUCUACCAAACAGAUGUCGGCAAUCCUUAUGAGAUCAAAAACAUGUUCAAAUAUAUAAAAAACAAUUUUGAAGCACUGGACGUAUUUUUUAAUAAUGCAGAAACACAUGAAGGCGGCCUAGAUGAUAUGAUUGCCACCAACUUCAAUUCUAAAAUCCAUGGAAUCAUAUUAGCCACCAAAAAUAUGAAAGAAGGAAGCGUAAUCGUGAACCACACGUCAGCCAUAGGACUCAACCCAAAUUCGGAUAUGAUCGCCCACAGUGCUGCUUCUACAGGAUUUUUGGUCGCUUCCAUGGCUUUUAGCAAAAACAAAUACUUCAAAAAAACAAACAUCCGAAUGACAACUUUGUGCAGCGAGCUGUUUCCAUCGACGUUCGUUGGAGGCACAGUGCCACCAAUUACAUGUGAUUGUCAAGAAGCACAGAGAAAUAUGGAAAUUUCAAUUGCCAAGUCUGCAGCUUAUUUGGUCAAACAUGGAUCAAAUAAUACACUAUGGCUUUGCCAACAAAUGGGAAUUUUGAGCAUAGUGGAAUUACAAAAGAUUGUGGAAUAUACAGAAAAAUAUGAACCGAGGAUAAUUAUUGAUGAUCAGUAAAUUGAGAAUAGUAGUAUGGAAUAGACAGUUCUGGAGCCUCAACCCGCUGAUCCACCUCAACCCACCCGAUCGCGCACAUGUGUGACGUACAAUACAUUACAUAUAAUUAUUUUGGUACUAAGUCAAUGAUUAGAAAACAAAAUUAAUUUGCUUAAUUUAUGCCUUUUACUUGUAGUAUUUACUAAUGCAGAAUAUUCUUUACCAAAUGAUUUUAAUCUGACGCUUAAAUAUCUAUUUAUUAAUAAGGAAAUCAAAAUCAUUUUAUGGGGUCGUUCCAAAAUAUUACUAUUGCAAUCUAAUUCACUAAAUAUAUUACGAUCAAGAGACAAGUUAUAGAGCAUUGAUACAUUAUUUUUUUAUUUAAAUUGGGUGUGUUAAGGUUUGUUAGAUUAUUGGUUAAAUUUAAAAGGGGUUUUUCAGUCUCAAUUAUUAUUUUAAAAGAACUUUUAGAACCUAAAAUUAAGCCACCAUUUUGUCUUAAGUUUACAAAUUUACCAUAUUAUGUUGGUGAACAAUAAUUAUGGUCUGAUGUUUCUUUGAAAAGACUUUUUAUACAAGAAUCACAAUCAAGUUUUUUAAUUAUUUAAAAACGUUAAACAAAUAAAAAUCACAGAAUUCUGUUUUAAUUCAAUUUUACUAUGUAUAUACUAUAUAUAUAUUUUACUAUAUACUAUGGAUGUAGUCAUGCGUAUAAUAUUGCUCUAGCACCGAAUUGUGUCCAACAUCAUCCCCACCAUCUUCAGAAUUUCACGGUACAUGACACUAAUGCGCAUGCCCGAAAGCCAGAAAAUUUCAACGUUAUCGCUUAUCACCUUAGAUCAUAUAGUAGUAUAUGAUCUAAGGUUCAUAGAUAUAUAAUAUAAACUAGAUAGCCGACUCUGUAUGGACUAUGCAUACAAAUAUGACGCCUGGUCGCCAUAUGCAGGUUGGGUAUUGUUUACAAAAUAUGGAUGUAAUCAAUCCUUGUGAUAUCAAUUUUAAAAUUGAAUUAAAACAGAAUUCUGUGAUUUUUAUUUGUUUAACGUUUUUAAAUAAUUAAAAAACUUGAUUGUGAUUCUUGUAUAAAAAGUCUUUUCAAAGAAACAUCAGACCAUAAUUAUUGUUCACCAACAUAAUAUGGUAAAUUUGUAAACUUAAGACAAAAUGGUGGCUUAAUUUUAGGUUCUAAAAGUUCUUUUAAAAUAAUAAUUGAGACUGAAAAACCCCUUUUAAAUUUAACCAAUAAUCUAACAAACCUUAACACACCCAAUUUAAAUAAAAAAAAUAAUGUAUCAAUGCUCUAUAACUUGUCUCUUGAUCGUAAUAUAUUUAGUGAAUUAGAUUGCAAUAGUAAUAUUUUGGAACGACCCCAUAAAAUGAUUUUGAUUUCCUUAUUAAUAAAUAGAUAUUUAAGCGUCAGAUUAAAAUCAUUUAGUAAAGAAUAUUCUGCAUUAGUAAAUACUACAAGUAAAAGGCAUAAAUUAAGCAAAUUAAUUUUGUUUUCUAAUCAUUGACUUAGUACCAAAAUAAUUAUAUGUAAUGUAUUGUACGUCACACAUGUGCGCGAUCGGGUGGGUUGAGGUGGAUCAGCGGGUUGAGGCUCCAGAACUGUCUAUUCCAUACUACUGAGAAUGGUUCAUAUUUUUCUGUAAAUUCAACAAUUUUUUGUAAGUCCACCAUGCUCAUACCAUUUACAACAAACACCACCUUGGCUACUUACGCAGACGACACCGCAAUACUUUGUGCUAAUUUCGACGCUGACGAAACAUCCAACUGUUUACAAGCACACUUAGAUUCCAUUGACAACUGGGCAACCAAAUGGCGAAUAAAAAUAAAUCCAGACAAAUCUGUUUAUGCACCAUUUACUUUAAAAGGAACAGAACCCCCACCUGUUCACUUUCAAGG